AUGACGAUUGCUAUAAUCAUGGGCACGGAACAUCUUAGGCAAGGAUUCCUGAAAAGCAUCCAGCUUAUUCUCAAACUUCAAGAGGGUGGUCUGGCAACCGCCGGACCACCCUGUGGCUCGUUCGUAUUUGUAAAUUUGGGUACAAGCAAAAGAUCGCGGGCUAGACCUUUUGGUGCCCCUCUGGAAUAUGUGAGAAAAGCCAACAGGAUCACAUGCAGACUUUGUUUGCUGCUCCUUUUGACCUUUGUCCGGUGUGGUCUUCAUAUGGGAAGCUUUGGCCAUCAAAAUUUAAAGCCUACAGUAUGCUUUGGAAGUUGUACUUGGGCCUAUCGUCUCUACCGAAAAGUCACGAAGAAGGUGAGAAAGCGAUGCAAGAAGAGCAAAGCCACAGUCCGGCGUUACAUUGACGGGAAGGGUAAGACUCGAGUGGUCGGUGAUCCACUUCAACUUCGUGCAUCACAAGUGUAUCCCCGUCCAUAUGGAGAAGCUAUUUGUUCAAUGCAUCGCGAAUGGAUGGCAGACAGCAAUAACCUGAAGAACGUCCGGGAGGCCAUUUAUCCAUCUACAGGUGGCUUGGUUGACACUCUGAUCAAAAAGGUUACGAAGGUCCCGUUUGCAUGGCGCCACGCGGGGCUGUCAGAGAUGCGUGCCUUUCUACAAAGUGAGCGAGCAUUUCACAAGUGUUCAACACUGUCCAGCAGGAUGUCAGACGUGGAUCUGAUUCUGCAAAGGGCCAGGGAAAGGGAAGGGCGGGCUGCUGCUGUCCAGAGCAGUCUUGAAGCCAAAAACAAUGAAGAUUCUUUGAGGACGGACCACACCAAGAUCAAGAAGGACAUGAAGAAAAAGAGGGCACCACCAGAAGCAGGCUGGCUCACCUUCCCAGAUUCUGACGCUUCUACGAUUCCAGCAACAGCAGAGGAGCUAAAGGCAAUGGCCAUUCAAAGGGCCAAAGAUGUUCAAGUGACCCCACCCCCAAAGAUGAAAAGGAGCAACACUGAUGCCAGUGACACUUCCCAGCCCAAGCUUUCCCGAGAUGUCCAAAGCCAACAAGUGUUGCCUACUGCAGUCAAAGCAGGAGCACCGCACACCCAGGUAAAGACGGAACAUGAUGAGCCAGCAGCACAGCGUGCGUCUCAAGCAGUCCAGGAAUGCUUGAGGAGGCCGUCAACAAGGGAUUUGGCAUCUCCUGUGGUGCCCCCGCCCAGCAAGCCACCAAGCCAGGCAAACAAUCUUCCGAUGAGCAAAGCAGCACCAAAGACUUUGCCAGCACCAAAGACUUUGCCAGCACCAAAGACUUUGCCAGCACCCAAGACUUUACCAGCACCCACGCCAAAGGCUCCGUCAGCAGCACCAGUGAGCAAGGUGAGCAAGGCUGCGUCAGCACCCCCACCACCCCCUGAUCCAAGUGAUGAUGAAUCAUCAGGUGAUUCGGGCGAGGAAACCAGGCAAUACCUGGUCUGGGACAGGGAUGGAGAAGAAACCACGGUUGAUCAUGUGACGACCAAUCUCUUUGAGGCAGCUGAGCGGGAUCCCAGCAGGGGCCGGUCCAGGACAAGGAGGAAGAAAGGAAAGAAGACACGCAAGGGUGACAAGACCAAGGGGUCAAAGAGGAAGAGGAAAGGAUCUACAAAGUCAUCAAGUUCCAGCAAGAGUUCGAGUCCUGACAGCUCUGCCAAGUCGUCUUCUAGCUCAUCGUCGGGUUCAGCCAAGAAGAAGAAAGGGAAGACCAAAAAGAAUUCGACUGGCAAGAGAGGCAAGAAAGCUGCGAAGAAAAGCAAAGGCGUAAAAGAUCGAAAAAAGAAAAGUGAAUCUGAGUCUGGAGCGUCAGAAGAAUCCAACAAGGAAACCGAAGAACAGAAAAGGAAACGAGAGGAGAAGGAGGCCGAAGAUGAAAAGAAGAAAGAGGAGAGUGAAAAGAAAAAAGCUGAGAAAGCAAUGGAGAAGGCGAAGGAAAAAGAGAAGAAGGAUGCUUUCCGGAAGGAUUUACGAAAAGGCACCCAGGCUGGGUUUGUUGGCCCAGGGAUUUGCUACUUCCAUUCCCCCAACUGUCCAUUUGAUCCAGGGGCCCACAUGUGA